CAGUUAUCGGCAUUUCUCUCCUCUCGAGCUGUCACGCUGACAGCUCACUGGUCAUCAGGGCACUGAUGAUCAGUGUGCCUUGAUGAUCAGUGUAGCCCCAGCAGUGCCACCUGUCAGUGUCCAUCAGUGCCUUGUGUCAGUGCUCAUCAGUGCCUCGUGCCCAUCAGUGCCACAUCAAUGCCACAUAUCAAUGCCUACCAGUGCACAUCAAUGCCACAUAUCAGUGCCCAUCUGAGCUGCCUUUCAGUGUCACCCAUCAGUGCCACCUAUCAGUGCUGCCUAUCAGUGCCAUUCAGUGCCGCCUAUCAGUGCCAGUCAGUGCCGCCUAUCAGUGCUGCCUAUCAGUGCCAUGUAUCAGUGCUGCCUUUCAGU